AUGACUAGUAAAAUACCACACGAAUUAGAGUCAUGGUCACAACUUGAUGGCAAAAUCGUCAUGGUCACUGGCGCCUCCUCCGGCUUGGGUCUCGAAUGCGUCGACCUAGCCAAGGUCGGCUGCACGAUCAUCGCUACCGCUCGUAGAAUUGAUCGGCUCAACUUCCUUUGUGAUCAAAUCAAUAAAAUGGACGUCCCAAUUGGUGGUCCACGUCGAGCUAUUGCAGUGGAGCUCGAUGUCACUGCUGGCGAACCGUUAAUCGCCGAGUGCGUGGAGAAAGCUUGGGAUGCAUUCGGGUGCAUAGAUGUUUUAAUCAACAAUGCUGGUGUGAAUGGGCCAAAGAUAGUGUCGAUAGAUCUAUCAGAGAAGGAAUGGGACAAUUUGGUGAAAACCAACUUGAAAGGCGCUUGGCUACUCUCCAAGAAUGUUGGGGCGCGAAUGCGGGAUGGCGGUCGCGGUGGCGCAAUCAUCAACAUCUCAUCAAUUUUUGGCCUAAAUCGAGUACAAUACCGUAGCAGCGUUGCCUAUAGUUCUUCCAAAGCUGGUCUUGAUUCUAUGACAAAGGUUAUGGCUUUGGAGUUGGGAGAGUACAAUAUUAGGGUGAAUUAUGUUGGACCUGGUAUUCGUAAGAACUUAGUUUCUGGUAUUGUGUUGAAUAAUUGUGGUUAUAAACAAGUGUUAGAAAAUAACAAAUACAUUGUCACGACCACAACUCCCUAG